GUGACGUCCUGCAGCAGAUCAUGGCCAUCACGGACCAGAGCCUGGACGAGGCUCAGGCCAGAAAGCAUGCCCUGAACUGCCAUCGGAUGAAGUCUGCUCUCUUCAGCGUGCUCUGCGAGAUCAAGGGGAAGACAGAGAACACAUCCCAGUCUGCCUGUCUCUUCCAUCUAGCCAUGAGCAUCCAGCAGCAUCAGGAGGAGGACCCUCCCGACGCUCAGCUCCUGAGGCUGGAUAACAUGCUGCUGGCUGAGGGUGUGUCCAGGCCAGAGAAGAGAGGACGAGGAGCAGCAGCAGGCACCACAGCAACACCAGGUGGCUGUCCAAAUGACACUAGCAUUGCGCACUCAGACUACAGGGCCAAGCUGUCCCAGAUCCGACAGAUUUACCACUCUGAGCUAGAGAAGUAUGAACAGGCCUGCCGUGAGUUCACCACACACGUCACCAACCUCCUCCGGGAACAGAGUAGGGUGAGGCCUGUGUCCUCCAGGGAGAUGGAGCACAUGGUGGGCAUGAUCCAUGGCAAGUUCACUGCUAUCCAGAGGCAGCUGAAGCAGAGCACCUGUGAGGCUGUCAUGACCCUGCGCUCACGGCUCCUGGAUGCCAGGCGGAAGCGGCGGAAUUUCAGUAAGCAGGCCACUGAAGUGCUGAACGAGUAUUUCUAUUCCCAUUUGAGCAAUCCUUACCCCAGUGAAGAGACCAAAGAAGAGCUGGCCAGGAAGGGUGGCAUCACUGUGUCCCAGGUCUCUAACUGGUUCGGCAACAAGAGAAUCCGAUACAAAAAGAACACGGGGAAGUUCCAGGAAGAGGCCACCAUGUACACUGAGAAGACAUCUACGGCCACCAAAGUCCGGGGUUCAGGGGGCCAGAGCAGCUGCCAGUCCACACCCAGCCCAGGUUCCUGUGGCCCCUUCCCCCUGACCAGUGGAGGUGACAUGGUUCUCACCCUUCGGACCCUGGCCUUCCUCCAGCCCCCACCUGGGGGAGUCUGCCUCCAGCCCCCGACCCACAGCAGCUGGCAGAGAGCCACCGCCCCACAGCCACCCUCAUCACCUGCUGGAGACUCUGGAAGCUUCAACUCAGAUGUGUCUAAUUAAGUUUUGGGUACCUGGUUGAGUGCCAUGGAUGACUGGCCCUGUGUCCUGCCAAUUACCUCAGAAACCCUGGCUGUGGCAAUACCCUUUUCCUGGCCACUUACGUACCUACCUUGGAGUGAUUUUUAAACAACAGUAUGUUGGUUGACAGUGGAUUGUUCAUCUAGGGCUUUGUUCUGAGCACCUUAUUAAAGUGUUUGACUUGUCUGCA